AUGGAGCGACUAGUCUCAGCACGUGUAAACACACGAUCUUCGCUAGCAUGUCUCGAGUGUCGGACAAAGCAUGUGAAAUGCGAUGCUAAACAGCCGCGAUGCAGUCGCUGCACGGCGUAUGACAAGGCGUGCCAGUAUACAGCUUCAAGACGCGGUGGCCUUGAUCGAGCGGCUUUGACUGAGAGGCGGAGACGCCUGGCUAAGAAUUCUGAUGCGCAACUAGAUCAUAUUGCGUCGGAGAUAUCUGUGGCAGUAUCUGAUGAGGGGAUCACCUUGGGUGAUGAAUCUGUGACUGGGGCGGAUUGCUUGGAGGUGUUUCAUGUGAGCUUACCCGUUCCAACACCAGUACUAGAGAACCGCGAAACACCAAACUUCAGCCAUGGCGGUCUCACCGACGAUUCUUUGGUCAAGUCGUACUAUGCUAACUUUCACCACUUGCAUCCUUUCGCUCCCCCGUACAAGCACUUAGUCCAACUGUCUCAAGCAUCGGCUUUCAACUUCAGUCCCCUCAUAGCUUCCAUGCGACUGAUCGGCCAUAUCUACGACACCCACCAAUGGUCAGAAUCACUUAGCAGCGCCGCCGAGGCUCAACUGUCACAGUCCAAACCAUCAGAUGCUGUUCAAGUUCAAGCUCGUCUGCUUUACUCGAUCGCUUUAUUCUGGUACACCUUCAAGGCUGAGGCAAAAGAGCAGAUGGAUGCUGCAAUCGAUGUCGCGGUCAAGUUAGAAAUGCAUAAGAAGGAGUUCGCUACUACAUGGGGCUUCGGAGACUCGAUGAUGGUCGAAUGCUGGAGACGAACGUGGUGGAUGCUAUUCAUCACGGAUGCUUCCUACGCUGGAACACUGGGGACAAUGAACUUCAAAACAUUACAUGUUGAGCCAACUGCGGAGCUUCCUUGCGAAGAGUCAAACUAUGAAUCAGGUACAAUUCCCGCACCAAAAACUUUACAGGACUUCGACUCCCGCGAGUUCGAUAGCGAAGACGUGGUAUUCUCAUCCUUUGCCUAUCUUAUCGGUGCCGUCCGCUGUGCAGCACAAGUCAUUUACAUGUCACCGAAAUGCGCGACGAAAGAAGAUUCAGAAGCCAUCAUACAAUCGGCUGAUUCGGCAUUCGACGCCUGGCUGCUACUACUUCCCAAAGAUAAGAAGCCAGUUCUAAAGGCAGAUGGAACCAUUGAUGAGUUGAUGUUCCAGGCUCACUUACUCAUUCAUGUCGCGACCAUUGGUAUACACAGGCCAUUAUCGGAUCUGAGAUUUAACCCCGUUGAAAAAGUAUCCAGUUGCGCUCGAGAACCACCGGCAGAUACACCUAAACCAAAUCUCGUCAACGUACACACAACGAGGAUUCUCAAGUCAGUCAAUGCACAGAUUCAACUCUUAGCUUUGCCUGUCCGCCCGUUUCACCACACGCCUUUCACAACAUGCAUGGUCAGCGAAGGAACUCUCGCCCUUCUCUCAGCUUGUACAUACAUGCUCAAAGAUCAAGCUUUGGCAGUAGCGCGAGAUCAGAUUCGCUUGACCAUUGGAUGUCUCAAAGCCGUAGGCGAGGUUUGGCCGAGAACUGCGAGAAACGUCAAAGAGAUACAGACUAUUGCUCGUCAUGUCCUGGGACUCGGAGGGGGUAGUGCGGAGGUGGGGAGUACUCCGGGAUCAACCCAGGUUCCGAGUUUGACGCAAAGCGAAGGAGAAGGGAGCAUGGAGUCUUUGCCGACGAUGGACCAAGAUGAUAAUGUCUUUGCGUCUCUGGGGUCUUUUGAGGAUAUUUGCGGAUGGAUCAACAUGGGUGUGGAGCUGGAUUCUAGCUGGAUUGAAGGAGGUACAAGUUGA